AUGCCCAAGAACAAGGGAAAAGGUGGUAAGAACCGUCGGCGCGGAAAGAACGAGAACGAGGGUGACAAGCGCGAGCUCGUCUUCAAGGAGGAGGGCCAGGAGUACGCCCAGGUCCUCAAGAUGCUCGGAAACGGCCGUGUCGAGGCCAUGUGCUUCGACGGUGAGAAGCGGUUGGCGCACAUCCGUGGCAAGAUGAGGAAGAAGGUCUGGAUCAACCAGGGCGACAUCAUCCUCCUCUCGCUCCGCGACUUCCAGGACGACAAAGCCGACGUGAUCCAAAAGUACAGCGCCGACGAGGCCCGCAAGCUCAAGCAGUACGGCGAGUUGCCCGAGACGGCCAAGAUCAACGAGACUGCCGCCGACGAGGAGCACGACGGGUUGGUCGAGUUCGACGAGGUCAGUGGCGAGGAGGACGCCGGCGCGGCCGAGAGCAGCGACGACGACGACCUCAAGAGGGACGACGACUUUGACAUUGACGACAUCUAG